AUGAAAGAUAACAAACAAAACGCUCCAGCUGGACCACAAAGAACCCCCUCAGUGCUGUUUGCACCCACAGUGGACACUACAAACGCUCCAUUCAAGCCAUCUAUAACAAGGGCUAGAUCUACAAGUCAUACAAUUCCUAUUGCUAGUGAUAAUAAGAGAAAUCAUUCAGCAUCAAUAUCUUCUGUAUGUUCUACCGAAUCUAAAAAUGAUGAUCACUUGAACAGAUUAAUCGAGAACGACACCCGCAAUGCCACAAAUGCCAGCCGAGAUGCUUACAAAGGUAAAAUCAAACUUAUGGACGAUGUGGACUUAGAGAAACAGAUGAUUAUAACUGCUGGGGGGAAGAGAGAAUAUGUGAUGGGUUUUGUAUGCAAAUUAUUAUUCUUGAUGACAAUUGUAUUUGGGUGCGGAGUAUUGGUGUUCUACGCACUUUAG